CCUCGCAUCGCAACAAGUGAGAUUCCAAGAGAACUUUGUGUCCAUCAAUCAGCCAAGUCAAAUCGCUCGUUGUUUUCUUCGAUCAUCUAAGCCCCGCUCUCAGGAGAAAAUGUCGUUGAUCCCAAGCUUCUUCGGCGGCCGACGUGGUGGCGUCUUCGAUCCAUUCUCUCUCGACGUUUGGGAUCCUCUCAGGGACUUCCCGUUCCCUCAACUUUCUGGAGAAAACUCUGCACUGGUGAACACUCGCGUGGACUGGAAGGAAACACCGGAAGCGCACGUGUUCAAGGCCGAUGUUCCGGGGCUGAAGAAAGAGGAAGUGAAGGUGGAGGUCGAAGAUGACAAAGUUCUGCAGAUCAGCGGCGAGAGGAACGUGGAGAAGGAGGAGAAGAACGAUGCCUGGCACAGAGUGGAGCGCAGCAGCGGGAAGUUCAUGAGGCGGUUCAGGCUGCCGGAAAAUGCGAAGAUGGAUGAGGUAAAGGCGUCCAUGGAGAAUGGAGUUCUGACUGUGACGAUUCCCAAGGUGGAGAUCAAGAAGCUGGAUACCAAGGCGAUUGAAAUCUCUGGUUAGAGUUAUGAGUAAUGAGAAAUUGCUACUGUGAGUGAAGGCUUUGUAUGCGAGGGAAUGUUGUCGUCGGUGUGGUUGAGUGAUUUGUGAUCGAUCGGGAGUGCCGAAUGCUCUGCUUAGAUGGCUUCUAUGGUUAUGUAAUCGAAUAAGAUAUAUUUUUUGAGUAUUUACUGUUGUA